UCUGUCGCAACGUUUUCUUCUCUUUGUUUCACAUGAAAAGUUCUGAUGAACAAACUGUGACCGCAUCAAACCGGAUUAAAACCGGAUUAAAGGCGCGGGACCCGUUGGACACGGACCCGGAGCGGACCAGAGGACACUGAACUCUGCUUUAGGUCUGGUUUCUGGGAGUUUGGACCAGAAUCCGGAUCAUGGGGCAGUAGGAGGACAGACGGACUUUGUGGAAACUUGUUUUGUCUCCAUGGAGAUGAGAGUUUUUUCCCGCCAGCUGAGGAGCUGAUCACACUCUGAUCGUGUAUCUAUACCCGACAUUGACAGCGUAUUGAUCGUGUAUUGAUCAGCGGGAUGGCCGCGCUCCUCCUGCUCCUGCUCGUGCUUCAUACCAGCGGACACGCCAAGAGCGCGUUCCCGCUGCGACCUUCCUACAGCCUGUACGCCGGCGGGCACGCGAACGGAGCCCGCGCCACCAGCAGACACAGGAACUGGUGUGCGUUUGUGGUGACGAAGACGGUGAGCUGUGUCGUCGAGGACGGAGUUGAAACCUAUGUGAAGCCUGAUUAUCAUCCGUGCAGCUGGACGAGCGGACAGUGCAGCAGGGUGGUGGUCUACCGGACCUACAUGAGGCCGAGGUACAAAGUGGCCUACAAAAUGGUGACGGAGAUGGAGUGGAAGUGUUGCCAUGGUUACAGUGGAGCGGACUGCACCGAGGGUCCAGCUGGUGGAGGGGGACCCCAGAUCUCCACCACCAGACCGGGACAGGGAGGGGGAACGAGCUAUGGACCAGGGGGAGGAGGUUAUGGACACGGAGGCGGCGGCUCUGGACCCGGACAGAACGGAGGACACGGACAAGUUGAGAAGGAGAAGAUGAGGCAGCUGGAGGAGAAGAUCCAGAGCCUGACCAAGAACCUCCAGAACCUGCAGUCCACCAUGAACACCCUGAACGAGCGCUUCCAGCAGGAGGUCAACAAUCCAGGCUUCGGAGGAGGAGGAGGAGGAGGAGGAGGCUCGUCAGGAGGAAGAAACCCUGCUGAUGCAGCUCAGCCAGAGAUUAAAGAGACGAUUCACAGCAUUCAGACCAAACUGGACCAACUAGACAACCGCACACAGGCUCACGAUAAAACCCUGGUCAGCAUCAACAACCACCUGGUAAAUGGGAAGGGAAACGAGCUGGAUGGAGGUCUGUCCGGAGGAGGCCUGAGCGGAGGGAGGCUGACCUCACUGAAGGAGGAGAUCCUGAGGGAGCUGGAGAGGAGAGUGUCUCUGUCCUGCUCAUCCUGCCAGGCCGGGGUGGAGGAUCUGCGUCGACAGCAGCAGGAGGACCGAGAGAGGAUUCGAGCUCUGGAGAAGCAGCUGAACGCCAUGGACGCUCGGUAUCGGCAGGGCCUGGACGGGCUGCGGCAGGAUGUGGUGCGUUUGCAGGGAUGUUGCGACGCUGUCAGUGACCUCCAAAAACGCAUCACUGAUGCUGAACGCAAGAUCAGCUCGGCCGCAGAGAACUUUGAUGUUCUGCAGAACCGCCUGGAUAAGGAACUCAGCGGAGGAGAUGACCACAGUGGGUCCAGAGGAGGAUUUUUUGGUGGUGGUGGUGGUGGUGGUGGUGGUGGGAUUGGUGCAGGUGGAGGGUAUGCCACAGUGACGAAGGAUGUGCUGGACACUCGGCUGAGGGACCUGGAGCGGCGUGUCAACAACACUGUGCAGCGAAUCGAGCAGAGCUGCUCGCACCUGGAGAACAACGUGAAAGAACUGGGGGACCUGAGGACCGUGUUCCUGGACCGGUUCGAUGACCAGGCCUUCAGGAUCGCAGAUGUGGAGCUGGAUGUGGGGCUGGUGAAGGACAGGGUGACUGACCACGACAAGAGGCUGCUGAAGCUGGAAAAUAUCACGUCCCUCAUGAACCAGAGGCUGGAGAAGUGCAGCUGCAGAGGGCCUGAAGAAGGAGGUGACCGAGGAGCUGGAGGAGGGUGGGGAGCAGGAGGAGGAAUAAUUACAGGAGGAGGGAGCAAGGGAGGUACAGGGGGAGGAUUAUCAGGGACGGUAGGAGAAAGAGAAAAUACAACAGAGAAAUCACUGGAGUGGAGAGUGGUGGCCAACGAGGAUCAGAUUCGACAUUUUAACACUCGAAUCAAAGACCUGUCGGUGUCUGGAGACUCUCUACACGACAAGGUUCUGGACCUGAGCCACGACGUCCGAAAGAUCAAGGCUCUGACGGGCGAUCAUGGUGAACACUUCAACCGAAUCGUGACGGAGGUGGAGAUGCUGGGGCAGGACUGCGAGCUGUGCGGGAAGGUGGAGGACGAGCUGCAGAGGCUGAAGAACCGCUCCCAGGAUGCACUGGGGCGCAUGCAGAGCCACAUCAGCACACUCCAAAUCAGACUGGAUUCAGAGAGAGACAGCUGCUUCCAGAUGUGUUCACCUCUGCGGGAUGAAGUUCGCCUGCUGCGAGAGGACGUCAAGAGGUGCACCAGCCAAUGUGGUGGUUCUGGUGGCACUGGUGGUACCAGUGGACCUGGAACUGGGCUGGAUGCUGAGAAGCCUUUAGACGGCCACAGUGUGAUCGGAGGCUCCAUCAACAAUAACCAGCUGAAGACGCUGCAAGGCGAACUGUCUGAGGUCAUCCUGACAUUCAGCUCCAUCAACGACACCCUGAAGGGGCUCGAACACACGGUGCAGAAACACGGCAGCGUCAUCACUGACCUCGGAAACACUAAGGACAAGAUCAUCUCUGAGCUGGACAAAAUCCAGCAAGAGGUGACGGAGCACAUCGAGGAGAGCCGGGGCCAUCUGGACGGGAUGGACCGUGACGUCCGGCGGUUUGAGAGCACACUGCUGGUGGAGAUGGGAGACUGUAAGAGGUCUGGAGACGGGCUGGAGAAGAGACUGUCGAAGCUGGAGGGGGUCUGUGGGAGGCUGGACGGGGUCUCCGACUCCAUCCACAAGAUUAAGGAAGGACUGAAUCGACACGUGACCAGUUUGUGGACGUGCGUCUCUAGUCUGAACGACUCGGUCAUCCAGCACGGAGGAAUCCUGGACUUUAUUCAGAAGGACCAGGACGAUGUCCACAGCAGGAUGAAGAACCUGAAUUCGAGUUUGAACCAAAUCCUUAAAGACCUUCAGAGUUUCUCUGAGCACACGGCGGCUGGCCUGCCUGGACCCCCAGGACCUCCAGGAGAGAGAGGCUUCAAUGGGCUGCCAGGCCCCAAGGGGCCCCCUGGACCUCCUGGGCGAGCAGGAGAGACUGGGGCUCGCGGUGUGCCUGGUGUCAGAGGUGAAGCAGGUCUGCCUGGAGCUGAUGCUCAUGUACCCAGACUGUCGUUCUCUGCUGCCCUCACAGUCCCCAUGGACAGAGCAGGAACCAUCGUCUUUGACAAGAUCUUUGUCAAUGAAGGAGAGUUCUACGACCCGCGAACAGGUGUCUUCACCGCCCCUAUAGACGGACAUUACUUCUUCAGCGCCGUCCUGACGGGCCAUAAGAACGAGAAGAUCGAGGCGGUUCUGUCAAAGUCUAACUACGGCAUGGCACGGGUGGACUCUGGAGGCUACCAGCCCGAAGGACUGGAGAACAACCCCGUGGCCGAGGCGAAAACCACUCCGGGCUCUCUGGCCGUCUUCAGCAUCGUCCUGCCUCUGCAGACCCGGGACACGGUCUGCAUUGACCUGGUGAUGGGCAAACUGGCUCACUCCGUGGAGCCCCUCACCAUCUUCAACGGCGUUCUGCUGUAUGAAGACAUGUGAUGUCUGAGAAGCAACGACGCCGGAGAACCUGAACAACACACGCAGGAGGCGGCAACAUGACGCGUGAUGUCACUUCCUCAUUCAGAGUGACCCAGAGUGAAGACAGAAUAUUUCCAAAGAAUCGUCAGUCCUGAGCAGACCUCUGUCUCCGUCUUCUUCCCAGGACUCUGUUUGACUGCUUUUAUGUUAUUUUUCUCUUCACAUGUGGACGACAGCUGGAGCCGAAGCUCCCGAGAUCUGACCUCAGAGCAGCGCCAGGAGGACUCUGUACACCAGGAUCAGCUGAUGGCUGGCAGACCCGCUCCCUGCUUUUUUCCAGCCGUGACCUCCUGUGGUGAAGAAUUACAGCACUAACAGACUGUUGCAACGUCAGCGCCCCCUACAGGCCACAGAGUAUUGAUUCUUUGUCUGAGCAGUGAUGGAGGUAAAAGUGUUAAAUUCAUCCUGAGGGUGGUGCUGCAGGAAAGAUGGUGGAGUCAUUGUCAUCUAAAGGUUUCAUCCUCUGAGGAGCAGGAGCGAGGUCAGAGCAUUUAUUUCCUGACUGGUGGAUGUUGAGACGUGUGAUUGUGGACAAAGCGUUGGACAGACGGAUGGAUGCCCGUUGGUAUGCCCAUCCUCAGCAGGUCAGAUGUUGUCAUGGCAACAUGUGAUAGUGUAACUUGUCCUGUCAUGAUAAACAAAGGAAGCUUUAUCUUGUUAAAAGCUGAGUGUUCCCACUGAGCUGCACCUUCUCUCGCUUCCUGUGUUCUUCUGUCCUCUGUUUAAAACUUUUUCACUUUUAUCGACGGCUGUUAAAGGACGAGGCCUGAAAUACUCAGUGUUUUCUUACUGUCGGCAAAUCACAUUAAAGGACCAGUGGUGGAACAGAUAUUAGAUCCUUUACUUCUAAAGGUAGUAAAACCACACUGUAAAGAAACUGGUCACCAGAAAAAGUCCUGCAGUCGAAAUGUUAUUUAAGUAAACGUGCAGAUGUUUUAUCAUCUAAAUGUGCUUCUGGUUAAUUUAAAAUUAAAUUACUCAAUGUAGAAAGAUAUAUCUAUGAUAAAAUAACAUUACAGACAGAUUUCAUAUUUAUUAUUUUAUUAUUAUUAAUCAUGUUUUGUUCUUACCUGUAAAGGAACCUGUAACAGAUCCAUGUAGAACAUUAAAGAACUCAGUAGCAGUGUA